AUGGCUUCCGCCGUCGAUUGCAAGGGCAAGGAAAUCGCGCCGGCCAGCCUCCUCAAGUCCGGUACUCCCGUGGCCUACUGCUCGGUCGACUCCCCCGCCGUCACCACCGCCCGCCGCCCAUACAACACCCAGGCCAAGGAGGUCAGCCACUACGACGACGACGACGACGACUACAACGCCCGCGACCUCGUCACCCCCAGCUUCUUCUCGCAGGACGUGCUCGACCCGCUUGGUGCGUUGACCAGCAUGGCUCGUCUGCUGUCUCUGAUGGAGGACGUCGCAACUGAGACCGGCGGCCUCUCCUCCACUGCUGGGGCUGGGGCGUCGCGGCUCGGACAGUGGGUGGCCAAGGAGGACGACGACGCGGUGUACCUCAAGGUGUCGAUGCCGGGGCUGACCAAGGAGCACGUGGAGGUGUGUGCGGACAAGUACAUCCUAGUGAUCAAGGGCGAGGGCGAGAAGUAGCCCUAGGACGGCGACGACGACUCCGCGGUGCCGAGGUACAACCGCCGCAUCCAGGUGCCCGCUGCUGACGCGUACAAGAUGGACAAGAUCAAGGCCGAGAUGAAGAAUGGCCUACUCUGGGUCACCCUGCUCAAGGUCAAGGAGGAGGAGCGCAAGGACGUCUUCCACGUCAAGGUCGAGUAG